UAAUGCAAAAUUUCAAGUAAAAAGUAUAUCAGCGUACCCUGCAUUGAUUUGAUAUCAAGUCUACACUAAAAUCAGCAGUAUGGCCCAACACUUAACUUCGCUCCGUGCGCAGCCGCAGACCAAUACGAGAGGGGUGGGCGUGGCUCCGUCACUGUCGGACAACUUCUUCCCGGCCGGAAGUAAACUCGUUGGGGUUCUUUUGUAACAAACUUUUUUUUGGCCGUUAAAAAAAAAAAAACUCACCGAACGCGUCCAUGAGCGAGCUUUGUUUUGCCCUCCCGUCAUGUCGGAGUCUCUGGAGCGCUCCGCCGGGCUGAGCUCGCUGAAGGAGCAGGUCGAGAAGAAACUGUGCGAGGUGUUGGACGGAGCAGACACGAAGGGAUGGCGGAGACUCGGGGAGAUUGUCGGCGGCGAUAGACGCUUCAAAGUCAGCCAGGACGACUUGGAAAUGUGCUCGCUCAAGGUCCUGCAUCCCGACGGCAGCCCGAGCCGCACGCUGCUGAGGCUGAUGGGAGAGCGAGGCUGCACCCGGGGUCACCUGCUGGACUACCUCCAGACGCUGGGCAACGCCGAGGCCCUCCAGUGCCUCAAAGCACCAGCCUUGCAGGUGCUCAUCCAGCCGCAGUCGGUGGCGCUUGUGUGCGGUCACAACCUGCGGCUCUGCUGCCACGCCGUGGGCCAGUCGCCAGUGCAGUACCAGUGGUUCAAGUCCAAAGAAGAGGUGCCAAACGGCUCCGCCCCCGACUUGGUGAUCGCUCCGGUCGACGUGAAGGAUUCCGGCUUUUACGUCUGCAGGGUCAACUGCGGCGACUCCUUUGAGUUCAGCCAGUGGGCUCAAGUGGACGUUUUGGACGUGUCCGUGCCAUGCGGCCAGUCCUCAGAGGGUCGCCUGAAGGUGGCCAUCCAGCCUCAGUCGCAGAUGCUUCAUGCCGGCCAAACGUUGCAGCUCGAGUGCGGCGCCGUGGGACGCCCAAUCCCUCGCUAUCAGUGGCACCGAAACGGAGUGCCCGUCGCCAACGCCAAAAGGAGGAAACUCACAAUCCCUCACGUGACGCAUGAUAACCAGGGCGGGUAUCGUUGCGAGAUCAUGAGCGGCGCAGAGAGAACCUGGAGCAAGGAGGUCCAGGUGGUGAUCGACAUGGGCCAGUUUGACGCCACCAAGGGGAAGCAGGCGCUGGAGAUCCGCAGCAGUCUGUCCGAGCGAAGGGCCCUGAACGACCCGGUGCAGCCCAGCGACACAGAUCAAGUCCACAGUCUACAGUGGGCCAAAGCGCACGAGCUUCCAGAGAGUAUGAGUCUGGACUUUGAGUGCGGCGCUCAGAUCAAGUUGGGGUUCGCGGCAGAGUUCUCCAACGUGCUCGUCAUCUACACGCACAUCAUCAAGAAGCCUGCCGAGCUCUCCUCGUGCCAGGCUCACGUCACCGACUUCCCACAGGAGCUGGACGUGGACCCCAAAGAGAUGAACAGGGAGACUCCGGAGGAGACGGGUGUCUAUCUUCUGUCCAGCAGCCUGCCACAGCACUGCCUCUACACCAGACUCGGCUCACUGCAGAAACUCAAGGAGGAGCUGGAGUUCACCGUGUACCUCAGGGGCACCUCGCCCGCCAUGGACGACGACGAUGUCGUCUGCUGGACAAAAAAAGUCAACAUCGGCAAGCCUCUGAUCGCCCGCUUGGACCUGCAUGAAGCCACGCGGCAAAAUAGCUGCCUGCACACGUGCCUGAUGCCCCACAGCCCCGGUCAGAGCCCCGCCACCGUGCACCGUACGCACCAGCAUCCCAAGGAGCACCCUGCAGGCCUGCCGUCUCCCCAGUGUCACCACCUCCACGUGCCCGCCGUCGGCGGUGUGGAGCACGGCCACGGCAACACGGGCUGCAGCAAGGUGGCACGCAGCACGAGCAUGCCCAUCGAGGCCAGCGACGACAUGGACGAGCUGCAGACGGCGUUCAUCAACAGCUUGCAGCUCCAGCAGUCGUGAGACGUGGCAAACAUCAUCUGGAAGGUGACUUUUAAUACACUGAAAUUUCUUACAUUUAGAAUUCACUAAGAAUUGUUCUCACUCCGGAAAUGUUUCUUCCAAAAUUCCAGCCCGGAAGCUACAAGUUCUAAUUAACAUCUCCCCUCUAUAUAUGGACUUGAGGCUCUAAAUUCUUGGUAAAACAUAAAAUGUGCACAAAAUUGCGGUCAAGCUGCAAAAAAGAUUGUUGUGGAAUUAUUGCUGCAGGAUGUAAAAAAAAAAGUAAUUAUAAUUAAAAUAUAUAUUAAUAUUAGCUAGUUCCACACAAUUGUAUUCUUUUAACACAGCCAAUAAUAUAAUAUGAAUAAAUACAAUGAAAUUUACAUUUUACAUCAUUUUCAUAUAUAUACUGUAUAUAUUUUUUUAAAUGUGUAUAAUGUCCAUUUUAAUUUUGGGUAUGUGUUGAAAUACACGUGUUAUAAUGUACAAUAGAGUCAGUAGUGGACACAGAGACAGAAAAUGUUAUGUGCUAAAGAAUCCUAUUUACUGAAAUGUGAAUCAUUUAAAAAAAAAAAAAUCUAAUUAGAAAAACAAAAACAUUCUGCUUAACUGUGUAGUUCCAUGAAGCACUAAAAUAGCACACAAACACGGAAUAAUUAAUGUCUGAGGCUUGCAGGCCACACGCUCAGGGUCGCCAGUAGAUGGGUAUGGGUAACUGGGAAUCGAUAACGGUAGCAAUUUUUGGUACUUUUGUGUGUGUUAAUAAAUGUGAAUUGUUUUUAAAAAUAAAAUGUCAUUUUUUAUUUCAAAAUGACCUGAUUAUU